AUGCUCUCAUUUACGCGUCAAGGACACGACCGCGUCGUCCGCGACCGCAUCAUCGGCUUGGCCCAACCAGCCCCGGCCAGCUCCGCCCAUUUUUCUGCUCCUUGUCGAGCUUCCUCGAGCCAGCGGAAGGAGAAGCGUGUCCCAUCCGUGACGCCUAGAAGGUUCCGGAGGUUCUUUGCUCCGCGGUCGUUCCAGCCCCAGGCCACUCGGUUGACGCUGGGAAUAUUGAGUUCCGCCGCUGUUAAUCGCCAGAUGGUGUCGCCGCAGUCCCUGGCUGGAGACUCCCUCAGCUCCGACCCGAUAUGCCCUUCCUCGCCCACGGAUCGCCUAGGGAGAGCUUACGAUGACGACCAGCACGGGGCGAAGGACGAGAUGCAGCUGGAGCCGCCCGCAAAACGACGCAGAGGCAUGCCUCUGGACGAUAUGCCCCGGCUCCUGACCCGUCCAUACACGGGCCUUGGGAAUACGGACUUGCUCGGCGACGGCACUAACGGAAGGGCAACUCUGAGCGAGAGACGCAGGGCCAAUCUGGGCCAAUUCUUCAAAGCCAGUCGCAGAGGCGUCCAGAACUUGAGCGAAAAGUCCAUCUCCACUCAGCAAAUCGCUCCGGCCGAUAUCGACUCGCCCUUGCCGCUCCGAAACUACCAACCCCAGCCCGUUCGCAAGUUUCGUAACCGUGGCCUUGCAGCCCAUUUGCUCGACCGCGAGCACGGCUUCUCCUCUCAUCCCGGCAAGGACUAUCUCGCCUACCCAACCUCCGAUGCCUACCACUGCACGCCUCUCGAUCAGUCGGGAACCAGCAUCCCCUUUAGCCUCGCCAGCUGCCACGGCGCCUCGGUCACGGCCAUUGGCGACGAGCAGGGCAACGUCCGCUUCUUGUCCACCGCGAAGCUCUCCGCGCCCGGCAACAAGGUGACGAGCAUCGUCAAGGUCCACGACAACGCCAUCAUGGACCUAGACUUUUCGCACGAUGACUCCCGGCUGGCCAGCGCAUGCGGCGACCGCUCCGGGCGCGUCCUCGACACGCAAACGCAGACGGUCGCCGUCGAGCUGGGCGGCGGCCACUGGGACUCGCUGCGACAAGUGACUUUUCAGCCUGGCGAGGGCAACGGCAAUGUGCUCGCCACGUCGGACAGGGCCAGCCGCGUACAGAUCUGGGACCUGCGGUGCUCCCCUCUGCCGGCGCAGUGCUUCUCGGCCGGCUCUACCGGAGGAGGAACUGGACGAGGCGGCGGCCGGCUGCGGGACCAGCGGCUGGAUGUGGCACCCGCGCGGACAGUCAACACCAUCGACAACGCGCACGAGCGCACCGUGCAGGGCAGCACGUCGUCGGCGUCGGUGACGGCGCUGCAGUGGCUGCCGGCGGGCCGCGAGCACCUGCUUCUGACGGCGUCCGAGGCCAACGCGUCCAUCAAGCUGUGGGACACGCGCUACAUGAAGCCGCGGCGGCACACGGCCGAAACACCCCUGGCCGUGACGCCCGAGCCCGUGACGCACACGUGGCGCUCCUACGGCAUCACGUCGAUGGCCCUCGGCACCGACGCCGCCCGCCUCUACGCCGUCUGCAAGGACAGCACCGUCUACGCCUACUCGACAAACCACCUCGUCCUCGGCCACGCCCCCGAGCUGCUCGACGGCGCUGCCAAGCGGCGCCCCGCUGCCGCCCGGGGACUUGGGCCGCUCUACGGCCUCCGCCACGACUCGUUCCGCGUCGCCUCCUUUUACGUCAAGUGCGCCGUCCGGCCCGCCGCUCACGGAGGCGGUGGGGCCGAGCUCCUCGCCGUCGGCAGCUCCGACGCCUGCGCCGUCCUGUUCCCCACCGACGAGCGCUACAUGCGUGCCGCCUGGGCCCGCCGCGAGCACAUGCUACCACCCUCUGGCGGCGGCAUGGGGGGCCAGACCGUUUCAUCGCCCUUCCUGCCCUCUCCGCUGACCCCCCCGGGCUCCACGCCGUCAUGGCUCUCGUCGUCGUCGUCGUCCCCCCUGCCCAUCCUCCGCGCCGGCACGCCCCUCAUCCGCGGCCACGCCCGCGAAGUCACCACGCUGUCCUGGUCCCGCGACGGCAAGCUCGUCACCGCCUCGGACGACUACCACGUCCGCCACUGGCAGCAGGGCGGGCCCCGCGCCCGCCACCUGCGUCAGGUGGGCGAGUUUGGCGGCGAGAGGCACCAGGCCGGCUGGGCCGACGUCGGCGACGACUGGGACUGCGAGGAGGGCUGA